CUCAAACAGCCCUGUCACAGAAGAGAUGUGACCUGUGUUGGAGCUAAUUUGCAGACUGCUACUUCUGUUGGAGUCUACAGCACUUCAAAAAUGCCACGGCCACUUUUCCCCUCAGGAACAUUGGAGAGGGCCUGUCCACAGUCCCAAGGCCUAGCUAAUGAGGAGGGGGAGGAACCCAUAUGCUGUUACCCGCAUCACCCGCCACCUCCUCCAGACCAUACUAAGAGCCUCAUCAGCCCAGGGGACAAUCAUCUGGAAGAUCCAGAGGGAGCCAUUCCAUUUUCCUUAAAGGGAUUUGCAAAAACGAAAACUCGUGGCACAGCAAAAGAAGAAGAGUCGAAAAAUAGAAUGUUCGCAAAGAAAUUGGCCAGACACAAUCUAGGCCUUGAAGAUGACUCCUUAUCUCCAGAAGCACUGGGCUUGAGCUUGGAAUUUCAGGAACCAUUUUACAAAGACCUGGAGAUGUGUGAUACCUUAUCAGAUGAUGAGGAUGAUGACUGGGGUGGGAGCUAUCAUCACCCUGCCCUUGAAAAAGCCCGUAAGUCCAGGUUUGCCAGCAUGUCACCUUGUAGCCCGCACGAUUCUUUAUAUCACAACACAGCCAGACAGUUGGGAAUUGAGACAUUUGCUCCCUGCCUCCAUCCCAGCAACUUGUAUGUUUCCUGCACAGCUCAUGACAAGGCACCUGAAAGUUGUGCUCUUCAUGAAGAAUCCAUAGGAGACAGGGAGUAUCCAUCUCUGCAGCUGAGCUAUGAAGAACUCAGAGAGGAGAAUUCCAUGCUCAGGAGGAAGAUCAAAAGUAUCCAGAGCUUCUCAGAAAGUCAGACACGCAUGGUGAGAAACCUGGAGAGAAGACUGAGAGCCAGUGUGGUCAAAGAGGAAAAAGAGGCUCAGGGUUUAGAAUCCAUUGUCCAUCAGGCAGAACGGAAUCUGCAGGGGAUGGCCCAACGGGCCCUGAAGGCAGAAAGUAAGGCUGCAAAGCUGAAGCAGGAGAUGUCCCUUCUCCAGGUGGAGCUGGAGAGCUUCAAGGCAGAGAAUGACGUGCUGCGUGCAGGCCAGUCUGCCAGCCUGGGGGCAGUGCAACAAAAUGUAGACGUUGCCUUGCAGAAUCUCUGCCAGGUUAUAGCCAAUGCACACUUGUCAAUCAAACAGCUGGUCUCAGGAACGGAAAUGCUGCAUUUUGUGGCUGACCUCCUGAAAUCCAUAGACAAGAUUUCUGAAGUCAAAAAGGAAGAUGAUGCAUGAAACAGCACUUAGGGUGCUCCCACUUGUGAGUGUAUAGACUGAGAUCACAUUGUUCCCAGACUGCAAUCAGUCAUGCAA